AUGGCAGCGGGCCCGCUGCUCUGGGCGCUGCUGCCGCCGCUGCUGCUGCUGCUGGCGCUGCUCGUUGGCGCGCGCCGCCUGCGGCGCCGUUACGCGGGCGGCGGCGCGGGCGCUCCGGCGGCGGCGCGGGCCGCUGACGUGCGCGCCCUGCUGGUGACGGCGCACCCCGAUGACGAGGCGCUGUUCUUCGCGCCCACGGCGCUGCGGCUGGGCCGCGGCGGGGCCCGCGCCGCGCUGCUCUGCUGCUCCGCAGGAAACUAUUACAAUCAAGGAGAGAUUCGUAAGAAAGAACUGGAACAGAGUUGUUUACUUCUGGGGAUUCCUGCUGCCAAUGUAACAGUUGUUGAUCACAGGGAUUUUCCAGACAAUCCUGCUCUUCACUGGGACACACAGCUCCUUGCCACCCUCGUGCUCAAGCAUAUAGAAGCCAAUAACAUCAACCUGGUGGUAACCUUUGAUGCGGGAGGAGUGAGUGGCCAUGCAAACCACACCUCUCUUUAUACUGCUUUAAGCUACCUGCAUUCAGAGCGGAAGCUACCUGAAGGAUGCCACGUGCUCACGCUUGAAACAGUAAAUCUCUUCCGCAAGUACCUCUCCAUCCUGGAUAUUCCCAUUUCCUGCUUGCUGCCCAGAGAUGCGCUCUUCAUACUCACAGCAGAGGAAGCAGAACAAGCCAGGAAAGCCAUGCGGUGUCAUCGCAGCCAGCUCCUCUGGUUUCGCCACCUCUACAUGCUAUUCUCACGUUACAUGGUCAUCAAUUCGCUACGUCUUCUGUAAAAAACUAACACUCACACACCUUCAGGAGUGAGAGGAGACCGAGAAAGACUGUGCUAAGCCAAGUACUGAAGAAAAAAAUCACCUGUUAUGCUCGAGAAGACAGAAUUCACUGUGCAUAAGAGUGACUUUUCCAAGAUAAUACCAUGUGCACGGAUAAAGUCAGGAUGACAAGACCUGCAUUAGCCACUCAGGACUUCUUAAAGAUGAAUCUUUUGAAUAAACAUCAGAAAUGAUGGGAUUUUUUCUAAUUGUGCUGAUCUUAGCU